AUGGCGGCGCCCGUCGAAGUCAUGCUUUCGACUGAUGUCAGCGGUAUGUUAUGGAAUGUUUGCAUUUGGGACUUCCAUUCGGGAACUGCUCUUCAGACUUACAAAGGUGGAUGUAGCGGCCCUCGGAGCCUUUGUUGUCUUAGCGGGCAAUUCUUGAUAUCGGCUGCCCUCAGUAAACCAAUAAUUUACGUGUGGGCUCUACAAAAAAAGGAGCUACAACAGCAGCGGAUAGUGUGUCCUGGUGUUGUGUCUUGUCUUGCUGCAUCACCAGACAGUACAUUAUGUGUUGCAGGAAUAGCAGAGAAGAUUCAUAUGUGGCAGACAUGCAGUGGUGAUCAGUUAGCAGUUCUAUCACAUCACUACCAAAGGGUUACUUGCAUGUGCUUUACAGAUGAUGGGAGUCAUUUGAUAACUGGUGCAGAGGAUAACCUGGUCAUUGUCUGGUAUACAGCAAGUAUUUUGCAGCAAGUCUCCAACUUGAAGCCUUGUGAACCAUUGUUUGUAUGGUCCAAGCAUGCCCUGCCAAUCACUGAUGUUCACUGUGGCAUAGGAGGUUCCAGGUCAAGGGUCAUAUCUGCAUCACAUGACCAAACAUGCAAGCUGUGGGAUUUAGCAACAGGUGAGCUUCUUUGCAACUUUGUGUUCGAUGCACCAGUUUGUUCUGUUGCCAUGGAUACAGCUGAGUAUCACCUCUUUGCUGGAUGUGCUGAUGGAAAUAUUUAUCAAGUGAACCUCUUUGCUUCGAAUGUACAGAUGGAGAAACAUAUUUCCAAAGAAGAACCUGAAGAAAUGGACUCAUCUGUCUUCAAAGGUCAUAGCAAACCAGUGACAUGUCUUUCGGUGUCUAUGGACGGUACGUUACUGGUGUCUGGAAGUCAGGAUAACACGGCAUGCAUCUGGCACAUUAAUAGCAAACAGCAGAUUCGAACCCUCAAUCAUAAGGGAGCUGUAUCUAACGUCAAAUUCACUCCGUCUCCAGGCAACUUAGUCAACAGUCAGAGUAAGCCAACAUUUCCAUUGCAGACAUUUAAACGACACCUGCUGUCAGCGGAAGCAGAUGGAGAUGAGAAAAGUGGGGGAGAGAUUGGAGUCAGGUUACAAGACCAGGUAUCAACAGAUGAGGAUGAAGACAGAAACAAAGAACACAUGCUUAUCCAGGCAGCAGUACAGCAACAGCAGAGCAGUACAAAAAAGCCAAAUGAACCCUCGCGUCAACAACUUGAGCAAGAGCUGGAGAAGUUGAAACAAACCAACCGACUUCUCUUCAAGACAGCAGCAGAGAUGGUCAACAGGUAGUUUGAUUUCUGUCAAAUCAGACAUAGAACUGGCUGGUAAAUGAAUUCUCUUAUCGUUCUCUGCUUGACCAAAAAGCAAGAAAUAAAUUUCCCAUUUGCUCUCAGGUUUACACUGAUGCUAUAAACACAUUUCCUUGAUGAAUUUAGAAAACAAAGCUUAACAGUUUACUGCAGAUAGGUCAUCAGCCCCAUUUGACUUAGGAUCAAGUGCUGUUUCAUUGCAGUUUUUGGAAUUCAUCUUUUCAAAGUAUGACUUCCUCAUGACAUGAAAUCUAAUAGAAGGAAAUGUUGCCCUUCUGAUAGUUAAUACUUUUCAUUGUAGAAAAAUGCAUUUCUAGAAUGGCUGACUACACUAAAAUAAUUUCAUGGUUGUACCGAUAGCACUUUCCAACUAAAAUCUGCUCAAAGUGUUACUUUUCCAUCUAUUUCUUUCAAUCGUUUUUUUCUUUUUUUCCCCAUUUUCCUGUCCAUCCCAUCAAAAAAUGAAAAACACAGUGAAAAGGUUUGUUGCUUUGGAAUUUCCUCCUCCCUGUAAACUAGAGACGUGUCUGAUACAUUUCCACAAAUCAAUACUGCAACUCGGCAUUCUCAAAAUUUGUCCUCACUGAAGGACUGUAACUAGACAAUACAGGACGCAAGACAAAAUGUUUGAGCCCAUCUCACUAUCUAAUCCUCUAAUUAUGCAACAGAAUACACAAAAUGUACACAAGCUCUAUGGAGGUGUGUACGUUACUUACCAUCAAGUUGACUAGAUAUAGAUUUCACAUUUGGGGGCAUCUUGGAAAUCUAGAUAAGACAUGCAGACCAUAGACAUCAUCUCAAAUCUGAACACUUAAAAUGUUGUCUUAGUCUGUUUUUGUUCAUAAAG